GUAUCCUCUUCCUCGCCCGCCGAUCCCCGCCCCACCCCUCGAGGAGCAUCCCGCUGCUCCCGCCACAUCCUCGCCGGCCGUUCUGCAGGCUGUUCAGCACAAGCAAUUUGGAAGUUCUGUGAACCCCACUGAAGAUUUGGAGGGUCCUCUAGCAGGGUUUUUUAAAAAUACUGAUGGAUGGGGAAUCCCAAACCAUUAGUAAAUUAUCAUGUGAGCAGAUGUACUCUUGGUACUUCACCAGGGAAGAACUAGAGAAACUUUCCCCAUCUAGGAAAGAUGGUAUUACUGAGAAGAUGGAGUCAGAAAUUCGGCAGUUGUAUUGUUCAUUCAUUCGGGAUGUUGGCAUUAGACUGAAACUACCACAGAUGACUAUAGCGACAGCGAUAAUGUUCUGCCAUCGUUUCUACCUACACCAGUCCCUUGCCAAAAAUGGAUGGCAGACGAUUGCAACAGUGUGCAUAUUUCUGGCUUCAAAAGUUGAAGAUACACCAUGUCCUCUGGACCAUGUUAUUAGAGUGGCAUAUUGUACAAUAUAUAGGAGGGACCCAGCUACAGCUCGAAGAAUCCACCAGAAGGAUGUAUUUGAGAAGCAGAAAGCACAAAUUUUGACUGGGGAGAGAUUAGUUCUUACAACUGUUCGGUUUGAUUUCAAUAUUCAACAUCCUUAUAGACCACUACUAGAUGCUAUGGAAAAGCUUGGGAUCACUCAGAAGGAAGUGAAACAAGUAGCUUGGAACUUCGUAAAUGAUUGGCUUAAAACAACGUUGUGCCUACAGUAUAAGCCCCAAUACAUAGCUGCUGGUUCUCUCUACCUGGCUGCUAAGCUUCAAAACAUCAAGCUUCCUGUGCAUGCAGGACAUGUUUGGUGGCACCAAUUUGAUAUUGCCCCAAAGCCUUUGGAAGCUGUCCUUCAGCAAAUGAGGGAGAUGGUUCAUAUGAAAGCACAGCUAUUUGCUCAUCCCAGCCCUGCUAAGCAAAAGGAAGCUCUUUUUGAAGGAAUGCCGCUCAUAUCAAACAGCCCAGAUUCUGUGUUGACUCAGUCUAGCUUGUUAGUAAGCAGCUCAAGUCCUGAAAUUAGUGACCCCAAUGACCACCUUCAGGUGGAUUCAAGUCAAGACAUAGUAAGCAUGCAUAUCGAGGAUGGGGGGAAGUCAUAUUCUGAAAGGAAUUUAAUGAAUAUGACUUCUGCUAGGAACAAUCCCAGUAAAACACACAAUAAAGAAAGCCUGGGUCAGGACUUAAAAAUCAAACAUGGUAGUGGAGUGAUCUCAUGUAACCAGCAGAUACCAUUAGAAUCAACUGCAAAGAUUGGUAUUAGCACAGAUAAAUGUGUGGAACAGAAUGUUAGCAUUUGUAGCAACUCCAGGAACACAUUCAAUGCCGAAGUCUUGAACCAAGUCCCAAUAAGUUGGCAAAGUGUUGAUAGAGCAAACUUAUGUUCCGAGGGUGGACCAUUGCAUACAUAUGUGGACAGCAAGAGCACUCAGUGUGUGGAACCACCCACUACAAACAGCAACUAUUCUGGUGACAGUUUCAAUGUGAAUAGCUUGUGCUUUGAUCAGGGGGCUAAUUCGUCUGCAGGUACCAUGGAGAAGGCAUCAUCUGUAUCGCCAGUUCAUAUGAGGGUUGACCAUUUGUGUGUGGAACGUAGAAAGGUAGAUGUUGUACGGAUAAAGGAUUUGUUGAUGAAGAGAAAGAGACAAAGAGAAAGACAAGAGCAGCACAUUCCUUCAGUUGACCUAAGUGAAGAAGCCUGGAUUGAGAAAGAACUCGAGUCUGGUAUUGUUAUUAAAAAAGCUGACCAUGCUGUUGCCUUAGAUGAUUUAAGUGUUGAAGGCUGGAUUGAGAGAGAACUGGAGUCUGGAAUCAUUAUUGGAAAAACAAAUGACAAGCCUGUUGCUUUUGAUGGUUUGAGUGAAGAUGAUUGGAUUGAGAGAGAGCUUGAGUCUGGGAUUAUAUUUGAACCAGGCCAAGCUGGUAAGAAGCUAAAGUCAAGCUUCUGUUAGCCCAUGAGUGCGGCAUUCAGAGGGUCAUGAGAAAAUGAAUAGCAGGGGAAAUAAAAGGCAAACAAAAGCAAAUUCAUGUCAAGAAGAAUAUCAGAUAGCAAUACAGAUAGGAGCAGCAUUGUUUACCCACGUUCUUUAUUUGCUUGAAUUAACUAUACUCCUCGCAGUAAAGAAUUUUUUUUUCAUUUUGUAACUAGUAAAGGUGGGAUUUACAAUUUCAAUUUCAGGUUGUAGGUGCAACUGUACAAUAAUCGAGUGUAACUGUACAAAUUCCGUUGUUCUUAGCUGCUAAUCCUUCAUUGUACUGUAUCUGUCAUAAAAAUGAAAAUAAUUUUUUUGGCGUACCACACCUGUUUGUACACUAAAGGUGAACAUAUGUUGGAACUUUGUUCGAGUAAGAAGUUGGUCACA